AUGGCCUCUCACAAUCCUCCUCUCAGCUACGAACCCUCUGCCACCACCACCCACCCUCGCUACUCCACCACCCUCCCUCCAGAAGUUGUCUCCUGCCUCAAGAACUCCAGAUUCCUCCAUCUCGCAACAUGCGACAACCUCACCCCGCACAUCUCCCUAAUGUCCUAUACCUACCUCCCCAGCACCCCUUUCUCCGCCCACCCAACCAUCAUCAUGACCACCAACCCUUCCUCUAAAAAGACCAUCAACCUCCUCUCCAACCCGCGCGUCUCCCUGCUCGUCCACGACUGGGUCUCCCACCGCCCACCCACCCGCACCCGCGACCCGGCCCGCGAGGGCUCCCCACCCCCGGCAGCCACCCAGUCCAGCCUCGCAACCCUCCUCCUGAACAUCAACACCAGCGCCAUGAGCAGCAUCAGCACCACUAUCACCGGCACCGCACGCUUCCUCGAGGCAGGCAGCGAGGAGGAGAAGUGGUGCAAGGAGCGGCACCUGGAGAAUAACACGUUCGCCUCGGACUCGUCGGAGAUGGGGAUCUUCGGUCGUCCCGCAGAGGGCGGCUGUGUUGGUGGUGAUGAGGGCGGUCAGGAUGUGGAUGUUCCCGUCGUGGAGGAUGAUGUGAGGGUUGUGAUUGUCCAGGUGAAGGAGGGUCGCAUUGCUGAUUGGAAAGGUGGGGUGCGUGAUUGGGUCGUGGUAUCGGAGGAUGAGGAGCGCCAGAUAAGAGAAGGACAGCUGCAGCCUAAUGGAAUAUGGUCAUCGUGA